UCUAACCUCAUUUUGCCCUUCCGAUUAGCUUUUUGCAUUGGGAUGGUCAAAAUCUACACUCCUCAUCUUCCUCUCCUUUCAAGGCACCUAUAUCUCUUCAUCGCCACGCACCGUCCCUUUUUCCUUAUCACCGUCGUUUCUCCAUUUCUCUGAUUUCCCCAAACCGCCCAAAGCCCUAAUUACCACUGUCGUUUCUCUCUCCCAUCUCCAAAUCCCGCCGCCGCCAAAACCAGCCUUGGCCGUGAACGUCGCCAAUAAUCCACAACCCACGGUUUCUUCCUUUCUGGGUUUCCCUUUUUCUGUCUCAGGUUUUUUUCUGCGGCGGAAUCUGGGAAUCCAUGGCUGGGGGAAGAAGAAGGGGAAGGGGAAGGGGAAGGGGAAGGGGAAAACCUAACAACAACAAUGAGAGUAAGAAUCACAGAAGAAAAGGCUCGGGACCUUCUUAUUCAUCUGCUGGAAAAGGGGCUCUAUUUGUCGAAGGAGGAUUGUUAUCUGAUUGGUCUUAUGCGCCCACUCCUUCUCGAGGGAAAAAUCCUAGUGUGAGCGGGAGUAACAACAAAUCGGGGUCGAAAUCUGGAAGCUUGGAUCAAACAAAAGCAGCUUCUGGGCCUAAAAGUGGGUCUCGGAAAUCUUUAGGGAAUACUUUCCGAUACCAAUAUACUCCUUUUGAACAGGAGUCUUUGCAGCCAGAACCACGUCAUGAGAGCAAUAAUGAAGAUAAUAGUUUGAGCAGUUCACGGACUAUAGCUUUAGUUGACUCUAAGGACGCCCAAAUAUUUGCUUACAUAGAUCAAACACCAUCUUCAAGGUCUCAGGAGAUGGCGUUUUCUUAUGACUACAGUUCUGCCUUAGGUGACGGCUCCCAUAGAGGAUUGGGGUUUUCUGAUGAACUCGAGGAAACUCCAAGUGGUGUUGAAGCUUCCUUAAAGAAAAUGGAAGAGGAAGAAGACCAAUGUUUUAACUCAUUGUCCUCUGAGCAGGAAAUGAGUGUUGAGGAGAGGAAUGCUUAUGAGGUUGGUGUUGCCAUGGCCGAAGAAUCACCAGCAAUGGUGGUGUCUCCAAAGAGAAAUUCUGGGUUUUUGUCAUUCGGAGGCAUGAAACUAUACACUGAAGAUAUAUCUGAUGAGGAAAGUGAUGGAGAUGAAGAUGGGGAAUCAGUGGAUGAGGGAAGUAGUUCCGAUCCAGGAGGAACAGUUGGGUCAUCUGAAAGUGACAACUCUGAAGACACAUCUGACAGUGAUUCAGAUGUUGAUGACGAGGUUGUAGAAGACUAUCUAGAAGGGAUUGGUGGGCAUGACAAUAUCUUAAAUACAAAAUGGUUGGUGGAGCAGGACCUUGAUGAGUCGGAUGAUGAUACUUCGUCAAGCAGUGCCUAUGAUGGGACUGUAAAGAAGUUGGGUGGAAUUGCUCUUCAAGAAGCAUCUAGCGAGUAUGGAAUAAAGAAGGCCAAUCCAAGGCAGAAAUACAAUGCGACUACAAGAGAUUCUUGGUCCUCGCCUUUAGAUGAUUUUAUGCUUAUAAAGGACUCGAGAAAAGUUUCUGCAAAAAAGAAGCACGUUGCCCGCUUCCCUCAGUCUUGGCCCUUAGGAGCUCAUAAGAGUAAAAGUUCAAAGAAAUUUCCUGGUGAGAAAAAGAAGCAUCGUAAAGAAAUGAUUGCUCUGAAGCGCCGGGAGAGAAUGCUACGCCGGGGUGUUGAUCUUGAGCAAAUAAAUCUGAAGCUGGAGCAGAUUGUUUUGGAUGGAGGAGACAUGUAUUCUUUUGAGCCAAUGCAUUCCCGUGACUGUUCCCAGGUACGACGUUUAGCGGCAAUUUAUUGCCUGCGAAGUGGUUGCCAAGGCUCUGGCAAAAAAGGGUUUGUAACCGUGACACGAACUCCUCAAACAUGCAUGCCAUCUUCAAGUGAUAGAGUUCGUCUGGAAAAGCUUAUAGGAGCUGAUUCAGAGGAUGCUGAUUUUUCUGUGGUUGAGACCCCAAACAUAAAGUCAACCGUCACGGCUGGCAUCAAGCAAAAGAAGGCAUCAGCCAACCGCCAUAGAAGAUCCAAUGAGAGGCAAAACGGUAAAAGGGAAUCAUAUGCCCGUCAGCCAGUCUCGUUUGUAUCUAGUGGCGUGAUGCAAUCAGAAACCGUUGAGGAUACAGCUGCUGAUUUUUCAGAGACGAAUUCGGGUUGGAAAAAUAAGGAGGUUGCUGGGUCAGCAAACUUUGGUGCCUUUGAGGAACACACGAAGGGUUUUGGCUCGAAAAUGAUGGCCAAAAUGGGAUUCAUUGAAGGUGGAGGAUUAGGAAAAGAGGGUAAAGGUAUUGCAGAGCCCAUUGAAGUGAUCAAGCGGCCUAAAUCGCUCGGGUUGGGAGUGGAGUUCUCGCAUAUCGUCGAUGACACUGCAUCCAAUGAUCCAGCAAGUAGUAGACCACUAAAAUCCAAGUCCCAAAAACUAGGAGCUUUUGAAAAGCAUACUAAAGGAUUUGGAUCAAAGAUGAUGGCAAAAAUGGGUUUUGUUGAAGGCAAAGGACUGGGCAAAGAUUCACAGGGAAUAGUUAACCCUAUCAAGCGGCCUAAAUCGCUCGGGUUGGGAGUGGAGUUCUCGCAUAUCGUCGAUGACACUGCAUCCAGUGAUCCAGCAAGUAGUAGACCACUAAAAUCCAAGUCCCAAAAACUAGGAGCUUUUGAAAAGCAUACUAAAGGAUUUGGAUCAAAGAUGAUGGCGAAGAUGGGUUUUGUUGAAGGCAAAGGACUGGGCAAAGAUUCGCAGGGAAUAGUUAACCCUCUACUCGCAGUGAGGCUACCAAAAUCAAGAGGUUUGGGUGCCAAAGAUUAGGAUCUUUCAGUUCCCCAAGAAGACAAAAUUAAUUGCAGGAGAUGAGAAGACAAAAUUGCUUUAUUUAUUGUACUGGUCGAUGGAAAGACUCCAAUAUGUAGCAUCAUGACGUACUCUGAAAUUUAAUUUAUAAGGUUCCUCCUGUGUGGGACUAUAGGACUCUAAACUUUACAAGGAAUAUUUUCAGUAUAUUUUUCUAUAAUCUUUAUAUAUAUAUAUAUAUAU